AUCAACUCUCAGUAUUGUGUGUGUAUUUGUCUCUAUAUUAGAUGGCCUUGUAUCUCCUACUGCUGAUGCUGACAGCAUGUGCUGCCGUUCCUCAAGAUCUGUCAGGUAAAAUGUUCACCUUCCCGCAAGCAACUAACUCAGCUCACGUGAGGCUGACAACAUCAAGACAGGUGCUGGGGGCUGUUACCGUCUGUCUCAGGUCCUUCACAGACCUCCGCAGAGCUCACACCCUCUUUUCUUUGGCCACACCUUCUGCUACUAAUGACAUUCUGAUAAUCAAAGAUGCUGCAAACGACUUUGAUGUCUGGAUCAGGAAUAUUCAUGUAAAUGUGAUUGGGCAGGACUACAAACUGGAGACGUGGCACUCAGUCUGCACCACAUGGGACUCUAUCUCUGGCUUGGUGCAGGUCUGGUUAGACGGAAAGCCCUCAAGCAGGAAGCUGGUCAGCUCUGGAUCCCACAUCAGCGGCCCCAUUUUAAUUGUUUUAGGCCAGGACCAGGAUUCCUUUGGGGGAGGCUUUGACAUUAAUCAGUCUUUCAUUGGCAUGCUGUCUGAUGUCCACCUGUGGGACCACGUCCUCUCCCCCGGUGAGAUCCAGAACUUUGUGGAUCAGCGGUACUUCACCCCAGGAAACGUGCUCAACUGGAGCGCGCUGGAGUUCCAGAUCGCAGGACGAGUGCUGAUAGAAGACAAAUAAUAAUUGUCAUAAACGUGAAAAGUCAAAAGCAGGUUUUGAAACAACUGAGAUCAUUUUUCUGUUUUUUUGUAUGUAUCAUUACCUCCACUGUACAGGUUGUCUUUUUCGGUUCGGUUUGCUGUUUUUUUGUUUGUCUGUAAAAAAAAAAUGGCCCAAAUUAAUCAAACUUCCAAGGGAGAACCCAUUACAUUUAUGAUCAGUAUCUCGUCUUGUGGUCGCUACACUUUCUGUAUUCUUUAUUUUAGUUCUCUUCUGGUCUCUGUAUUUGCAGCAAGAUCAAACAAGUUUGUGUGUGUAAAAAGUAAAGUUGUAAAGUUCUAUUGUGUUUAAUAAUAAUAACUUGUAAGCUAACCAGUGAAAUGUUGUAAAUAAGAAAAU